AUGGCACCCCAACAUCAAGCUCCGACUCCGGCUCCGACUGCAGCUCCGGCUCCAGCCCCAGCCCCAGCUCAGGCUCCAACUCAGAGCCGCUCAGCUCAACAAAUAUAUCCGCCUCGGAACUCCAGAACCGUGGAAACCGCUCCGUUCAAUCAGCAAAAACCAUUCGGCUCCGACUUUAGCUCCAGCUCUGGCUCCGGCUCCGGCUCCGGUGUGGCUCCACAAAUGACCGAGACACGAUCAAACACUGAGCGUAAAUUGAGGCAACGCCAGAAAUUCCCCGGGUCAGAGGUCACUUCAAAACACGAUGAUGAUAUGCAC